GGCCCCGGGAUGCUGCUCCGGCCCCGGCGGCCGCCCCCGCCCGCGCCGCCGUCGCCGCCGCCGCCCGCCAGCCCGGACCCCGAGCCGCGGCUGGCGGGGGGCGCCCCCGGGACCCCGCCCGGCGGGCCCGCGUCCCCCGGCGCGCUGGCGGCGCCCGCGCCCCCCGGCUCGCCCGCGUCCCCCGGCUCGCCCGUGUCCCCGGGCUCGGCGCAGCGCACGCCCUGGAGCGCGCACGAGACGGAGCUGCUGCUGGGCACGCUGCUGCAGCCGGCCGUGUGGCGCGCGCUGCUGCUGGACCGCCGCCAGGCGCUGCCCACCUACCGCCGCGUGUCGGCCGCGCUGGCCCGCCAGCAGGUGCGGCGCACGCCCGCGCAGUGCCGCCGCCGCUACAAGUUCCUCAAGGACAAGGUCCGCGACGCGCACGGCCAGCCGCCCGGGCCCUUCGACGCGCAGAUCCGCCAGCUCAUGGGGCUGCUGGGCGACCACGGGCGCAGACGCGGCGGCCGCCGCCGCUCCCCCGGGCCCGGGCGCCCCCCGCGCGGCCGCCGGCCGGCCCCCCCCGCGCCCGCCGAGCCGGGCGCCGCGCCGCCGCCCGCCGCCCGAGACCCCGACGCGGACCCCGCCUGGACGCUGAGGUUCAGCCCGUCCCCGCCCAAGUCUGCGGACGCGCCCCGCGCCCCCGGCUCCCCGACGGCCCUCUCCGCCUUCGGCCCCGCGCCCGGCCGCCCGGAGGACCCCGAGCCCUUCCGCGCCCCCGGCUCCCCGCCGCCGUCCCCCGGCCCCGCCCGGGAAGACCCCGACUCGCCGGCCGGCCGCCCGGAGGACCACGCGCCCCCGCCGUCCGCGCCGCCGUCGCUCAACGCCGCCCUCCUGCAGACCCUGGGGCACCUGGGCGACAUCGUGUCCGUCCUGGGGCCGCUGCGUGACCAGCUGCUGACCCUGAACCAGCACGUGGAGCAGCUGCGCGGCUCCUUCGACCAGACCGUGUCCCUGGCCGUGGGCUUCAUCCUGGGCAGCGCCGCCGCCGAGCGGGGCGUCCUGACCGACCCGCGCCAGUGA